AUGUCGCCAGCUACUCGAAUACCUUUCAAGGUCUUGAGCGCAUCCACGUCUCAACGGCUCUCUGCUUCCUCCAUUACCCUGUGCCGCUCACUUACCGAGACCUCCCUGUUACCCUCUCGAUCACUGCGUACCGUCUUACCGCGCACUAUUUUCACACAGUCCAUAGCUCGUCUCGCAGGGACUACACCAGCCUCAGAGCAGCCAGCAAAGACCACCUCCCCUCCUCAAGCAACACCGACAGACUCCAAGCGCCAUUCUUUCGACAACCUCGAGGAUCAGCCGUUGACUUUACAAGAAGAUGACCCCUCAAAAGUGGAUUGGACGAGGUCUUUUCACGGUCUCUCCGUAGAGCCAUUCUCUAAAGAGGCUGCGGAUGCAUUGCAGGCACCGUUAUCUCCUGAGGACAUCGAGAUCAAGCCAGACGGCAUCAUUUAUCUCCCAGAGAUCAAAUAUCGACGGAUCCUUAACAAAGCUUUUGGACCUGGCGGCUGGGGAUUGGCCCCAAGAAGCGAGACAAUAGUCACAGAGAAGUCUGUAACACGGGAAUAUGCAUUACUGGCUCAUGGAAGACUUGUUUCGAUUGCGCGCGGAGAGCAAGAUUAUUUCACGAAAGAGGGUAUUCCGACCGCUGUCGAAGGCUGCAAAUCCAAUGCAAUGAUGCGGUGCUGUAAGGACCUGGGUGUUGCCAGUGAGCUCUGGGAUCCUCGCUUUAUUCGCAAGUUUAAGGCAGAGUAUACUCGAGAGGUCUUUGUCGAGCACCAAGUCACAAAGCGGAAGACCAAGAUUCACUUGCGGAAGGGUGACCCUGUUCCCUACCCUUAUGCCGAGUUGAAGAAAUAA